AUGGCCACCUCAGACUACUAUGACUCUGAAGAGGAACUAGAUCUUUCGGAGGACGACCUUGAAUUUGAUCUGCAGGACCUGCACAUCACUUCCCAAGACUCUGAAAUCGAAUUCCUCUUCAAGUCCCUAACCUCGGAUGUACUGUGGAUUUCUAUCGUUGAAAAGGCUGAUCAUGUUGCAGCAUUCAUCGGAAUGACAAGAGACGAAUGUUUGGUGUUGCUACAACAUUAUGACUGGAGAGAGGAUAAAGUGUUAGAUGAUUUCCUAUCUUUGGGAGAUGAAAUAAAAGUUUCCAAAGGGCUUGCCUUGAGUAGCAAGCUAAGGCACUCUCUGCCUUUGCAUUCCUUAUCCAGAAUUUGUGCAAUCUGUUGUGAGCAAGUUGAUCAGAUGUUUCAUUUGGAACAAUGCUCCCAUGAGUAUUGCGUCAAGUGUUAUACCCGAUAUCUAAGUGAUAAGUUGCGGCAACAGGACAGCUUGGUACUUUGCAUGGAACCCAGUUGCUCCAUCUCCGUGAGUCUACAAGAUCUGAAGGCUUUAGAUUCCAACUUUCCUGGGAAAGAUCACAAACCUCUCUACGACAUCAUGAUUUCGAACAUAGCCAAAAAUUACGUAGAGUCAAAUCCAAAGCUAAAAUGGUGUCCAGCUCCCGACUGCACAGGUAUUGUUCAGUUUGAUGGGUUCAGCACUUACGAAAUUGGAACUCUCAAGGAAUACCUUGAUUCCCAUAACCUCCCCAUCGUUACCUGUCCGUAUAGCCAUUCAUUUUGUUUUGCCUGUUCCUACGAAGAUCAUGAUCCUAUCCCAUGCAACAUUGCCAAGAACUGGAUAAGGAAAUCUAAAGAUGAUUCAGAAACAGCCAAUUGGAUCGAUAUCAACACCAAGCAGUGUCCCAAAUGCGAUGCUGUAAUAGAGAAAAACGGAGGUUGUAACCACAUGACGUGCAAGAAAUGUGCCUACCAAUUUUGCUGGAUAUGUCUACAAGAUUGGCCCCUGCAUGGUACUGCGUAUUACAAUUGCUCUAGAUACGAUGCUUCCGCAAUAAAAGAGAUGCAUCAGAAACAGCAAACCACCAAACAAUCCUUAAAACGAUAUUUGCAUUAUUACAAAUUUUAUAUCUCGCAUGAGCUCUCGGCUCAUCAAGAUAAUGAUCUCUUUCGGAGUAUAGAAUCCAGAGUACAAGAAAUGCAGCAAGACCUGGGUAUUUCUUGGAUAGAUUGCCAGUUUUACCGCACAGCUAUGAAGCUGCUGAUUAAGUCCAGGAAAGUGUUAAAGUGGUCUUAUGCUUUGCUGUAUUAUUGUGAGGUUAACAACUACGUGUACAUUGUGGAAACGAAUCAAAGCUUUCUGAGUAACAGCAUCGAAGAUUUGUCUCAUUUGUUCCAAUUGACUGAUCCUAAAUGCAUUGUUCGUGAGAGGCUACAAUUCAUCAACCUAUCCAAUAGCAUGAAGAAAAGAGAGGCAGCGUUAGUUGAAAUUAUACAUGAAGGGCUGAAAAAUCAGCAUUUAAAAGUAACUUGA